AAUUAGGACCCUUUCCUUUGUAUUUCUAUUUCCCACUUGCACUUCCUUCUUUCUCCACCUCUCCACCUCUCCACCUCUCUACCUCUCUACCAUCCAUCCUGUUGGAUGUAACUACGCCACAACGAACUAAUAAAACCCCCCAAAAGAGGAAUUUAAUUUCCAGAUCCAAGAUCUACACUUUCACAAACUAAAUGCUGCUUUCCUUCUUGUCUGAUCUGAUCUGAGGUGGUUUUUCCAGAUCCGAUUCAAUUUCUCUUACCUUUGUGUUUGAUUCCAGAAACAUAUUCUUUGGAACUCUUAAUUAUGCAACGGAGGCAACCCACUUCGACUCGUCGCAAUGGAAGCUUUCCAUUUGCUGGGGCCCUCAAUGCCAAAUCAAAAGCAUCUCCCUUGCUAUCUAUAUGCUUGGUCCUUGUGGGAGCAAUUCUUCUACUUGUCUAUGCUUUUAGUGGACCAGGUUUAUUUGGAGGCACCAAGAUAGUCAGCAAGAUUGAAGGUGAUUUUUCAUGCACAUUGGAGUUGCAAAGAGCAAUACCCAUCUUAAAGAAAGCAUUCGGCGAUAGCAUGCGCAAAGUUUUGCAUGUUGGUCCCGAUACCUGUUCUGUGGUAUCCAAGCUGUUGAAAGAAGGUGAAACAGAAGCAUGGGGCAUAGAACCAUACGACAUAGAAGAUGCUGAUGGAAAGUGCAAAUCACUUGUGAACAAAGGCAUUGUACGUGUGGCAGAUAUCAAAUUCCCUCUACCCUAUAGGUCAAAGUCAUUUUCCCACGUUAUUGUGUCCGAUGCAUUGGACUACCUAUCCCCCAAAUACCUGAACAAAACUCUUCCAGAAUUUGCAAGGGUUUCUUCUGAUGGUCUUGUUAUAUUUACAGGUUCCCCUGGUCAACAGAAAGCUAAAGUAAACGAGUUAUCAAAGUUUGGACGACCGGCCAAAUUGCGGAGCUCGUCUUGGUGGAUUCGAUUUUUUGUCCAAACAAGCUUAGAAGAGGACGAAGGUUCUGCCAAGAAAUUUGAGCAAGCAGCAUCGAAGCAGUCUUACAAGCCCGGUUGUCAAGUUUUCCAUCUCAAUUCAUACCAUUGAUAUCGUGAAAUCACAAGCUAUGAAAUUAUUUUCUUACCCCCUUUUUGUCUCCUUUUCUUCUCCGUCUUAUGUUAUAAACAAACACAAGAGAAGCUAGGGAGGUGGAUUUGUUUUGUUUUGUUUUGUUUUUUAUAUGGUAGGUUGGGGGAACGUUUUUGGCACAUAAUUGUGAACCAUAGGAGAUUUUAGUGUUCUCAAAUUCUUACAUUACGAUAUAUUAAUUAUUUUUUAUUUAAUGAGAUAAAUAUAACUGAUAUUCAUAUCGUUUUGGCUC